AUGGUGAGGACGCGAUCGACCGCUAUUGGAGGCCAGGAGCCUGCACCUGCACCUGCACCCGCAUCCAUACCCGUUGCCCGAGCAGCUGUCCGUGGGCGAGGCAGGGGACGUGGCAGAGGACGUGGCAGGGGCAGAGGCCGUGUAGCUGUUCCAGACAGAGAUCAAGCACCAGCACCUACUCAGGACCCUGACAGAGAGUUGACUCCGGAGCUUGAGGAUAAGCCGGAGGAGGAGAUUGGGGCUACUGAGGCACAGCCUGGGGUCGCUGCUACUCUUGAUUUUCAAGAGGCUUUGUUUCGAGUGUUGGGUUACUUUGAUAGUUUGGCCCAGGAUGGCAUGAUUCCAGUUACUCCAGAUGGCUCGCAGACUAGAGUGGGAGGUCAGACUCCCGAUGCUAGGGUUGCUCCAUGA